AUGAUGCUGGCGCGCCUUACUGCGCUGACGUGCUUCUGCAGAGUAGAAGCCAUACUCUUCGACGAGCCACUAACGAAACCCUUGGACGACAUCACCGAGGCCCGGCAGCUUCUUGCGGUCAAGCUGCGGCAGCUGCACGACUUUCAGUUCGAGCAGUGCGUCGAUCCACACCGGGGCUCGCUCGACGAUGUUUACACGGAGGAGCAGUUCCGCAUUCUCGUUUCAGACAUCCUGCCGUACUGGGCCAAGGAGUACUUUCGGGAGUCGAUGAGUUUCCCCAGUCAGUCGCUGUGGAGGGCCUUGGCCGUGAGGGUGAUGAUCCUGAUGGCGCAUCACAUGCUGGGCAGGGGGAUAAGCAUCCGCGAGAUCCGCUACUGCAAGUUCACUCACGUCCUUCCGCCCAUCAUAAACAGCAAGGGGGAAUCGUCUAUCCACGUUCUCGUGGUCGCCUAUCGCAGCUCGAAGACCAUCAAAGACAACAAGCUCGGCCACCUGUACCUGACUCGACACAUGGACUUCCGGCAGUGCGGCUUCGGAGCAGUGUUCAUGUGGAUACAUUUCAUGUUCGACCUUGUGCCGCUCUACUACAACAACGAUAAGAUCGUGCCCCCCUUGGAUUUCAGCAACCCGGAAAAUUGGUCAAAGAAGCACCUGUUCUUCGCCCUCUUCGACAAAGACAAGACCGAGUUGCCGUACGCGACUCAUGCCAAAUGGGUUACCUGGGCGAUGAAAAGCGCGGAGUGGAUCCUGUCGAAAGUCACACAUAUCUUUCGACGGUCUGCGGCACAGAUCCUCGCCGACAAAAACUGUGAACUCGACAACAUCGCGCAGCUGGGUCAAUGGGACAUGAACGAGAUGCGCAGGUCAUACGUCACAGGCAUCCCGCGCGGGGCCAUCCAGCUGCAAGCGGGUUUCACGACGGAACCGGAGGCCAACUUACACAAGGAGGAGGGUGGGAAAAAAGAAAUCAAGAUCAAGGGCCUCAAGCAGAAGGUCGAGUCAUUGGAGCGGGAGAAGGGCGCGAUGCAAGCGGAGUUGGAGGCGAAGGCAGAAGCACUCGCGCUACUGCAGAAAGCGUUCGACGCACUGAAGAUUACCGCCGCGACAACCGCAGCUGCGAGUGUGGGGGGGAGCGAGAGUGUGCCGCAGACGGCGACCGAAGAAACCACCCCGCCACCACAGCAACCCCCUCAAUCAACGCCCACUCAACAGAGCAAGGGCAGCCAGCUCGACCAAGCAUUCUUCGACGCAGUGGUGUGGCCAUGGUGCAAUUGCGAGACCGUGCGGCAGGCGUGGUCGUACUGGGACGGGCCAAGCCCGCUGAACAACGGACACAGUCUUCAACACGCUUACAGGAGGGGUUUCGCCGUCAAGUUCUGCAAGUUCACUCCGACUCCUCCCACCGUUCCCCCCGUUGCGCUAAACAAGCCAAAAGAAAAGCCACCGACCCCAAAAGCUGUCGAGUCAAAAUUGCGGAAGAUGGAGGUUGUCAUGAGGGCCGUCGAGAUAUUCAGGGUCGACGACAGCAGCGCGGCGACGAUCAUUGAUAAGCUUGACUCAAUAUUCUCGAACCACUUGAUCAACAUGCUGGCUGAAGGGCUCGUUCUCAAAGAGGAUUUGGAGAAGCAGCUCACAAAGAAGCGCAAAGUCGAGACAGCAGAAGACAACUGGAAGGACAAAGAUUGCCUCAGGAUCACGUGGGAGCUCAUUCGCGGCGAGCUUCGAACCACGAAAUGGGCCGAGAACGUGCUCAAAGACAAAUGGAAAGAGUUCAUGAAAACAUUGGGCGAGAGCCCAAGUUCGACAGGCAAUCGUGACGAGGGGGGAAACUAG